AUUGAUCAGAUUAACAUAGUGGAUAAUUGAAUUAAUGACCCCCAAUUCAUGCAUUAUAAGCACUCAAUAGUUUGAACAUAUCUUCUUAAAGGUUCUUGCUUUUCUCUCAUUCUUACCCUCAACUCUUGCAUUAUAAGUUCAUGCUUUGGUCCUUAAUCUAUCUCUGAAACGCUUUAGAGGAACACAGUGAGAUGGGAAACAACAUGGUUACCUAUCACAAGUACAAAAGUUUCUUGUUCUUUAUCAGAAAGUACAAGGUCACCGAGCUGGUUCCACCUGAGGACCUUAAGGAGGUGUUCUCCGAGUUCACUGGAGGAGGGACUCGCAUGUCCUUCGAGCAGCUCCACCGGUUCUUGGUGGAGCACCAAGGCGAGAAGGACUGUACCUUAUUGGAUUCAGAGGAAAUCAUUGACAAGGUUUUGCAAGUGAGAAGGCCACAUGAGGAGAGUGGUAAUAUUGAUGAAAAUGGAGAACAAGGAGUUACCCUUGAUGAAAUCUUCCAUUUUUUGCUUCAUGAUGAUUUCAACAGUCCCUUGAAAACUGAGGUACAUCAUGAUAUGAGUGCUCCAUUGUCACAUUAUUUCAUAUAUACAGGACAUAACUCCUAUCUCACUGGGAACCAACUGAGCAGUGAUUGCAGUGAAGAGCCAAUUAUAAAGGCUUUGCAGCGAGGCGUGCGCGCUAUUGAACUGGAUUUGUGGCCAACUUCCAAUAAAGAUGAUAUCAAAGUAGAUCAUGGAUGGACUCUUACCAAUCCUGUUUCACCUAUCAAAUGUCUGGAGUCCAUAAAGAAAUAUAGUUUUGUUGCAUCUCAGUACCCAGUGAUCAUAACUAUAGAAGACCAUCUUACGCCGGAUCUUCGAACUAAAUUUGCAGAAAUGGCAACUCAAAUAUUUGGAGAAAUGCUUUAUUAUCCUCAGUCAUAUUGUUCAACAGAAUUCCCUUCACCAGAAUCAUUGAAGAAUCGAGUUAUUAUAUCAACAAAGCCCCCCAAAGAACGUUUUGAGUCCAACCGUAUCAAGGAAAAUGGCAACAAUCCAGUGGUGGAUGGAAGUGAGUCAUCUGAAGAAGAAUCAUGGGGAAAAGAAUCACCUGAUUCUAGGACUGAAAUGGAGACUGAGGACUCGCAGAAUGGAAGUGACCAUAAUGAAGGUGACACAAGUGCAUGUGAAUGUGAUCAAAGAUCAUAUCAGGAUUCCUCACCUGAUUACAAACGCAUCAUCACAAUCCAGAAUAGCAAACUCAAGGGUAGCCUUAAAGAUAAAUUGAAAACUGAUGGCGAACUUAGACGCUUAAGUUGGAGUGAGACAACCCUUGAAAAGGCUUCUGAAUCUCAUGGAACAGACAUUGUUAGGUUCACACAGAAAAAUAUUCUCAGGGUUUACCCGGGUGCUUUGCGUGUCAAAUCCUCUAAUUUCAAGCCACAUAUUGGGUGGAUGUAUGGAGCUCAGAUGGUUGCAUUCAAUAUGCAGGGGCAUGGAAAAUCACUCUGGUUGAUGCAGGGAAUGUUCAGGGCAAAUGGAGGAUGCGGUUAUGUUAAAAAGCCUCAAAUUCUAAUGCACAAACAUCAAUGGGACAAUGAGUUUGAUCCUACAAGGGUAUUGCAAGUGAAAAAGACACUAAAGGUAAAAGUAUACAUGGGACAUGGGUGGAGCUUAGAUUUCAGUCCUACACACUUUGAUAAGUUUUCUCCGCCAGAUUUUUACACAAAGGUCUAUAUUUUUGGAAUGCCUGCUGAUAUUGCAACGAAGAAAACAAAGGUAAUCAUGGACAACUGGUUUCCAGUGUGGGAUGAAGAGUUUGAAUUCCCUUUGAGUGUUCCAGAGCUUGCUUUGCUUCUGAUACAAGUCAAGGACAAAGAUAAGACAAAAGGUGACUUUGCUGGGCAAACAUGUUUGCCAGUGUCAGAGCUAAAACAUGGAUUUCGUUCAGUCCCUUUAUACAACAAAAAGGGAGAGAAAUUUAAAUCUGUGAAGUUGUUCAUGAGGUUUCAGUUUGAAUGAAUUGUAGAUAUCAUUCAUCUAGGAUAUACAUCCUCCUUGUUUAUAAUGGUCAAUUUUUUAGUUAGCAUAUUAUUCAUCUUUAGCAGCUUGGAACAAAAAUAGGAAUUUGUAGCAUUGCAUGAUAAGUCCUUCUUAGGCCUUAGCUAUGAGAAAUCAGCAUCUGGUUUUGUUAUGAAAAUUAGUCCAAGUUGGAAACC